GGACCACAGUCCUCCUAAGAGGACUAAAGGAGGACACUGAUGUGGUUCUUGUGCUAGAAGAGGAGAGGAGGUAGAAGAGGAGAGGAGGUGGAAGAGGAGAGGAGGUGGAAGAGGAGAGGAGGUGGAAGAGGAGAGGAGGUAGAGAGCAGCUGACACUCCUCCAGGCGGUGUGUCGCUCACACCUUCCUCGCCCGCCUCUCUCUGAAACAUGAGAGCGGUCCACCUCACCGGACCGUCCGCCUCCUACCGCCACCGCGAGAGUGAGAGUGAGAGUGAGAGUGAGAGCGGGCUGGGGCCAGGGAGCCGACACACGGAGCCCGCCGAGGAGGAGGAGGAGGAGCUCGUGUCCGGGCUGCCGCCGCCGGCGCCUGUGGAGCCACGGCGAAGACGCCAACUACCACGCUAACAGCCUUCUCUCCUCUUUGUCUACGCCUUCUUCCCCCUCGCCGACGAGCAUGUCACAUGACCGCCACUGGCCCACUUAGCGGCGGCCCACGUCGGGGCGGCACUUUGAACUCACCUGGCCAGGUGAGGUGGCGUCCUCAACGUCCUCGGGAGUGUUUGCUAUUCUCCUCCUCUCCCGGCAACAUGUGACACCCGCGCCCGGACGCCAGGAGGCGCCAUGACGCCUGUCGGCAGAAGUGCUGAGUCAGCAGGUGCGUGCGUGCAGGUGAGGCAGUGAGGAGGAAGACGAGCAAGUCCUUCCUCUCACCUGCUGCCCGGUGGACGUGCGGACGGACGCCCAGCGAGCGCCGUUGUCGAUCAGCGGCCCCGGCGGAAGAGCAUAGCGACGGGGAAGCAGCCCAGCAUGGAGGUCCCGCCCACAGCCCCCCUUCAGUCCUUCCGACAAUCCAGUUUCCUCAGCAGAAGGUUGAAAGGUUCCAUCAAGCGGGCCAAGAGUCAGCCCAAACUGGACCGAACCAGCAGCUUCCGUCACAUGAUCCUCCCCCGCUUCCGCAGCGCCGACCAGGACAGGGCGCGCUUGAUGCAGAGCUUCAAGGAGUCUCACUCCCACGAGUCCUUGCUGUCCCCCAGCAGCGCGGCGGAGGCGUUGGACCUGACGCUGGACGAGGACGCGGUCAUCAAGCCGGUGCACUCCAGCAUCCUGGGCCAGGAGUACUGCUUCGAGGUGACCACGUCAUCGGGAACCAAGUGCUUUGCGUGUCGCUCGGCGGCCGAGAGGGACAAAUGGAUCGAGAACCUGCAGAGAGCCGUCAAGCCCAACAAGGACAACAGCCGCCGGGUGGACAACGUGCUGAAGCUGUGGAUCAUCGAGGCCCGCGAGCUGCCCGCCAAGAAGCGCUACUACUGCGAGCUGUGCCUGGACGACAUGUUGUACGCGCGCACCACCAGCAAGCCUCGCACCGACACCGUCUUCUGGGGCGAACACUUCGAGUUCAACAACCUGCCCGCCAUCCGCAACCUCCGUCUUCACCUGUACAAGGAGACGGACAAGAAGCGGCGCAAGGAGAAGAGCACCUACCUGGGCCUGGUCAGCAUCCCCAUCUCCAGCAUCACCGGCCGGCAGUUUGUGGAGCAGUGGUACCCCGUCAUCCAGCCCAGCGUCCUCACCAAGGGGGCGGGCGUGGGCGGCGGCAAGAUCAUCAACGCGUCCCUCCGCCUCAAAUCCCGCUUCCAGACCAUGAACAUCCUGCCCAUGGAGCUGUACAAGGAGUUCGCCGAGUACGUCACCAACAACUACCGCACGCUGUGCGCCGUGCUGGAGCCCGUGCUGAGCGUGAAGAGCAAAGAGGAGGUGGCCUGUGCGCUGGUCCACAUACUGCAGAGCACCGGCAAAGCCAAAGACUUCCUGUCGGACAUGGCCAUGUGCGAGGUGGACAGGUUCAUCGAGCGGGAGCACCUCAUCUUCCGAGAGAACACGCUGGCCACCAAAGCCAUAGAAGAGUACCUCAAACUGAUCGGACACAAGUACCUCAAGGACGCUAUCGGGGAGUUCAUUAGGGCUUUGUACGAGUCGGAGGAAAACUGCGAAGUGGAUCCCAUGAGAACGCCCCCUUCCGUGCUGCCGGACCACCAAGCCAAUCUGAGAAUGUGCUGCGAGCUGGCACUCUGCAAGAUCGUCAACUCUCAUUGUGUGUUUCCACGAGAGCUGAAAGAAGUGUUCGCCUCGUGGAGAGUGCGCUGCGCCGAGCGAGGUCGAGAAGACAUCGCCGACCGCCUCAUCAGCGGCUCCCUCUUCCUGCGCUUCCUCUGUCCCGCCAUCAUGUCGCCUUCGCUCUUCAACCUCACGCAGGAGUACCCCGACGAGCAGACGUCGCGCACGCUCACCCUCAUCGCCAAAGUGGUGCAAAACUUGGCCAACUUCUCCAAGUUCGGCAGCAAGGAGGAGUACAUGGGCUUCAUGAAUGAGUUCCUGGAGAUGGAGUGGGCCUCCAUGCAGCAGUUCCUCUACGAGAUCUCCAACCUGGACAGCAUCAGCAACGCUGGCGGCUUUGAGGGCUACAUCGACCUCGGCAGGGAGCUGUCAGUCCUGCACAGUCUCCUGUGGGAGGUCAUGGCCCAGCUUAGCAAGGUCAGCUCCAUCCAUCAGGACGCCAUCAUCAAACUGGGCCCUUUGCCCCGCCUCCUGAACGACAUCAGCAUGGCCCUGCGUAACCCGCACCUGCAGAGGCAGCCGAGCCACCAGGCGGACCGCAUCCAGGAGCGGCAGGUGGAGCGGCUGCUGAACCGGCCCAGCUUCAACAGGGGCAUCUCGUCCGAGUUCCAGAAUCUCAUGAUGCGGGAUCUCAACAGCUCUAUAGACAUCACGCGCUUGCCUUCCCCGACCUCCACGGCCGGGGUCAUGCCAUCUCGCCCCCAGAUGAGCUUUCAGGACCGAGACCACCUCCACCGAGCGCCGUCCAAAGACAUGUUCUACGUGUCCCGCCCUCCCCUGGCCCGAUCCAGCCCGGCCUACUGCACCAGCAGCUCGGACAUCACGGAGCCGGACGCCAAGGAUUCCCGAAUGAACAGCGUGUCUAACCUGCAGUCGGUGGACAUGCUCAACUCCUCCCAGGCCUCCAUCGCCGGCAUGGGCAGCUUCGGGGGGCUGAGCAGCGGAGGCGGUGGCGGCCUGGGGUCGGGCCUGAGCAGCCAGCUGAGGGCGGGUGGGAGGUUGUCAGCUGGCUCCGGCGGCUCCAGCAUGUCCGGCGGCCUCCGGCUGAGCCAGCUGAGCCAGAUGGGCACCACCACCGACUCGCUAUCCCAGCUGCAGCAACAGCAGGCCGCCGCCAUGCGCUACCCGCUUUCCUUCCAGAAUCCCCUCUUCCACCUGGCGACGGCCGACGGUCCCCAGCACCACCAGCACGGCCGGGCGCCGCCCCCCGCGCCCCUGCUGCUGGCCCCCGAGCCCGAGCUGUCGCACCCGGGCUACGUGCCGCAGUUUGCCCACGGGGGGUUCUCGCGCAGUGAGGACCUGUCCACCCUCAGGACGCGGGACGGACACCUGGGCCAGCCCAGCAUCAUCCACUCGCACAGCUACAGCGACGACUACGGCAGGGCCGAGUACGGACGGCGGCAGAUGUCCAUGCACGUGCAGGACAACAUACAGCAGCAGCAAAUGAUGGGCAUGGCGUCCCAGACGGGAACCUCCCACUCCUCCUUGGCCGCCACCCCUCCCUCCACGGUCCAACCCCGGGCGGCCCCGCCCCCCGGCCAACGCGUCAAGUCCCAGACUUCGCAUCAGUUGUCGGUCAGCGCGGCCGCCGCUCCAGUCGCCCCGGCCAAGUCCCGGCCGCAGAGCGGCAACCUCCUCCAGUCGCCGGAGUCGGUGUACGGCGGGCGGCAGCACGGCGGGCGGCAGCUGUCCGUCAAAGACAACACGGCGCCGGGUCUGCCUCACCAGCAGAGUUCGGUGAGGGAGUCGGGGAGUCCGCAGGGCACCGCCAGCCCGACCACGCAGCAGUCGCCGCAGCAGCAGCCGGCGCCUCAGCAGCACCUCCUCAAGCCCAACAUGAGCAAACAGGGAUCCCAGUCCCCGUCCACCCUCAACCCCCCCACCCCGGCCAACGAGAGGACGGUGGCCUGGGUGUCCAACAUGCCUCACCUGUCGGCCGACAUUGAGAGUUCCCGCAUCGACCGCGAGGAGUUCAAACUGAAGGAGUACUCCAAGAGCAUGGACGAGUCACGCAUGGACAGGGUACGAGAGUACGAGGAGGAGAUCAACUGCCUGAAGGAGCGGCUGGUGAUGUCCCACAAGAAGCUGGAGGACUACGAGCGUCGGCUCCUCACACAGGAGCAGCAGACCAACAAGAUCCUCCUGCAGUACCAGAGCCGACUGGAUGACAGUGAAAGGAGGCUGCGGCAACAGCAAGUGGAGAAAGACUCCCAAAUUAAAGGAAUAAUUAGCAGACUCAUGGCAGUGGAGGACGAGAUACGAGGAGGACCCGUCAUUGAGCCAAAAACCAGGAUUUUCACCAAUCAGGGGAGGCGUCAGUCCAUCCUAGUGCAGCCUCGUCUCGCACCCGUCCCACCCCGAGUACCCAGGGGGCGCUCUGGCGAGAGGCCGAGCAGGUUUAGCGUGCGCACCUCCUGCACGCACACCCAGGAAGUGAGUGGAAACAUAACUGUUGGUCCUUGGGCAACGUCAGCUGCUUGUCGCCAUGACAACAGCCACGCCCACAGCGUGAUGGAGGACAGUGUGGAAGCUAACUGGCUGAUGCGUCAGCGACAUUCCACAGGCUGGCACAGCCAAAUGUCCCGCGCCCUCUCCCGCGACGCCAUUGGCUGACACAGGGAGCGCCUGGGCCGCUGGUCCCGGUCUGUGGGCCCUCAGGCAGAAGCUCAGCGGACCAUGCGACCACCACGUGACCACCACGUGACCACCGUUUGACCAAUGUGUGACCACCACGUGACCACCAUGUGACCACUGUGUGACCACCACGUGACCACCAUUUGACCACCAUGUGACCACCAUGUGACCACCACGUGACCACCAUGUGACCACCAUGUGGCCACCAUGUGACCACUGCGUGACCACCACAUGACCACCAUGUGAGCAGGAACCGCUGGGCUCUCUCUCUCUCUCUCUCUCUCUCUCUCUCUCUCUCUCUCUCUCUCUCUCUUUCUGUAAGGAAGUGUUUUGGACGCCCCCAGGCAGGAAGAUGGAAUAUUUGUGCAUGCAGGCGACUAUGCAGGACACCUAAAGCGCUGACGCAGGAGAGAGAGUGGAGGUGCAUUGUGGGUAUUCUAUUUCCAAGGUGCUUGACCUCUCCCGAGUCAAAAAAAGCUGAUUCCUCUUUUAAAGCAUUCUCUCUCUCUCUCUCUCUCUCUCUCUCUCUCUCUCUCUCUCUCUCUCUCUCUCUCUCUCUCUCUCUCUCUCUCUCUCUUUCUCUCUUUCUCUCACUCACUCAUUCACUCACUCACUCACUCACUCACUCUUACUCUUUUUCUUUCUCUUUCUCUCUCUCUUACUGUUUCUCUUUCUCUCUCUCUCUCUCUCUCACUCACUCACUCACUCACUUUCUCUCUCAAUUCAAUUUCAAUUCAAUUCAAAGGGGCUUUAUUGACAUGGGAAACAAACGUUUACAUUGCCAAAGCCAGCAUUAAAACAAUCAAUCAAAACAAUUAAAAUGUAUCAAACUUAAGCACCUAUUGAAAUUAAAAGUAUGUACAAUUAAAAUAUAGGUCUACUAUACUAAAGAUGUGUGUGAACAGAGCUGUGUCACAUUACAGCUUUAAAAAAAUGUUAAGACUAAUUUAAAAUAUAAGAUUAUAAUAAUAAAAAGUAAUAAAAUAAGGUAAACUAUAGAGUUGUGCAAAACAUUUAAAUAAAGAUGCAUAUGUAUACAUUCAAGUAAGGAUCAAAACAAUUAAAAUGUAUCAAACUUAAGCACCUAUUGAAAUUGAAAUUAAAACUAUGUACAAUUAAAAUAUAGGUCUACUAUACUAAAGAGCUGUGUGAACAGAGCUGUGUCACAUUGCAACUUUAAAAAUGUUAAGACUAAUUAAAAUAUAACAUUAUAGUAAUAAAAUAAGAUAAACUAUAGAGUUGUGCAAAACGUUUAAAUAAAGAUGCAUAUAUGUAUACAUUCAAGUAAAGAUGGCUUAAAAAUAGCAGCAGUUUUCCAAGUGUAUUUGAACGUAUAUGCUCUGUUUGUGGGUAGAUCUAUGUACAGAUGUCCGUAUAGUACAAAUAGUGCAGGAAUAGUCUUUAUGGUGGUUGUAUUCCAUUGGAUGUCCUUUUCUUGUCGCAACGGCUCACGAAUCUUGCUGCUGUGUUUGCACAUUGCUUUACUUCCCCCAGUAGGUAUGGGAGUUUGUCGUUAAUUGUCAUGUUUUCAAACUCUCUUUGGGUAUUUGCCAUUUGUGGGAAGUAUAUGUCUCUGAUGUCUUGGUACAGUGGGCAGGUUGUUAGGAAGUGCAGUUCAGUUUCUACCGCACCCUGGUUUCUCACUCACUCACUCACUCACUCACUCUCUCUCUCUUACUGUUUCUCUUUUUCGUUCUCUUAUCUCUCUCAUUCUCUCUCUCUCACUCUUUUUCUUUCUUUCUCUCUCUCUCUUUCUCUUUCUCCCUCUCUCUGUCUCACACUCACUCACUUUCUCUCUCUCUCUCUCUCUCUCUCUCCUCUCUCUUACUCUUUCUCUUUUUCUUUCUCUCUCGCUCUCUCUCAUGACACCAUGAUGGAGAGAUGCAGUGCUCGCUCUCCUCUCUCUCUCUCUCUAUCUCACUUACUUGACCUCUUUCUCUCUCUCUUGCUCUAUUUUUCACUGUCAUUUUCUCCCUCUUUCUCUAUUUCUCCAUCCAUCCAUAUUUUGCUCUCUCUCUCUCUCUCUCUGUCUGUCUCUCUCAUUUACACUCUCUCUCUCUCUCUCUCUCUCUCUCUCUCUCUCUCUCUCUCUCUCUCUCUCUCUCUCUCUCUCUCUCUCGCUGGCUUUCUCCAUCCCGGGACCAUGUACAGUACGUGAGGACUGACCUCCUUUUGGGGGGCCUUUGAACACACUAUGACGGGACUUUUGGAAGGCGACACAAUAUGCAGAGCCGAGGCGAGGACCAAGACGGCGAGUGUUUGUUUUUCUAUUCUUCUUCUACGUGAAACAUGAAGGACUCCUCACCACAAAUCUUCCAGAGGUUUCUUUAUUGACGAAGGACGGACGCGUUCAGCCCUCAAACUAAGUCCUCUUUUCUACCAGCUUGCUUUACCCCCACCCCACCCCCUCCACGAGACAAUCCAAGCCUGGCAACAAAGCGCGUGUUCCGCCCGCCAUCAGUCCCCACGUCAGCCCGCUGGUCAUCACGCCGUCGCCAUGGAGCUCUCUGUUUACACUUUUGAUCUUUUUCUACACGUCAUGAAGCAACUUUUGCUCUUUUUGAAGCAUUUCCUUCCAGCUGGAUGGAAAGCUGUUGGCUCAGAGAGAGAUUCCUUAGAACGAGUGUGCGUGUGUGUGUGUGUGUGUGUAUAUACUGUAUGUACAUAUAUAUAAUGAUGCUGUACACGCUUUGUUUGUAUACAUGCAGAGUGUACAGUUAUUUUUUCCCCUCUAAUGUUUCUCUCUCUUUCUACCAAUAAGGAGGCUCGGUGAGCUUUUUAGCGCACGUCAUCUGACGCCCUUUCCAACACUUUUAUAAGAGUCAGCCAUUGUAAAUAUAGAUAUGAAUAUAUAGAGGAUUCUUUUUGCCCAUCUGCUUUUUGUCGGACUUUGACUUUAUUGGUUCCUCCGGUUGUCACGCAGAGUUCUAUAUUUAUUCCGACAACCUUAUAUACUGUAACAUAUUUCUCACUUGCUUUCUUUCUUAGAAUUUGGCUAAAAUUCUUCCAAUAAGCAGCCAUUGCUUUUUUUUCUUCCAUAUACUAAUAAGUGUGCCUCCCUCUUAUCUUAUACUCAUUUAUUUAUUCAUACCACCUGGCCCCACCCACCCGGCCCCCACUUUUGACAAGCCAUAUAGCCCCCCCUCCCUUGUUGUUUUUUACCAGAAGAGUUUUGGGGAUGUGUUUGUGAAUAUUAUUGGAAGAGUGUCGUGUUAUGAGUGUGAUUGUUUCCUUCUUUCCGUGAUAACCGGUAUUGACAGUUUUGGCUUGUGCUAACUGAUUAGCGCGGUUGAUGAAAAAUGACGUUGUUCCUUCUACUUCAUUUCUUCUUUUUUGUUGUUUUCAUUUUUGGAAUACACCGGAAUUUAUAUUUUUCGGGCGGGUGAAGCUGGAGAUAGAAAUACGUAAAUAAAUUAUUAAAUUAUUAAAUUCUUAAAUGAG